AUGUUGGCGAAGACGAUGGGUAGGGCUUCAGUGCCCGUUCUCGCUCUCUUGCUACAGCUCCAGCUUGUCGCAGCGUCGCCGUUUUCUACCCCGUCGCCUACCAAGUCACUGGCGGCCCGAGAGUGUACUCCAUGCGGUUACUACGGACAGGCCUGCUGCACAUCCGGCGAAGAAUGCACCACCGACUCGAAUAACCAGGCCGUGUGCAAGCCUGUGAAGGCUGGCAGUGGUCAAUGGGAAUACUUCACCACGACCUACGUCCAAACCGACUUUGUCACUGUCACCUCUACUGGCAGCAGACCGAUCUCCCAGCCGACGGGCCAGCCACAGUGCAAGGCCGAGAUAGGAGAAACAAUAUGCGGCAGUAUCUGCUGUUCGGCGGCUCAGGCAUGUAACGAGCACCUUGUAUGCGUUCAAGCGGGCGGCUCUCCAUUCCCUACCACCGGACCGGCUCCUACUCCUCCGACUCGACCGACUAGCACCAAGGGCGUCACUGUCACUACUAUCCCGGCCACCACUACCGUCCCAUUCAUCCCCGCGGUAGGUACCGAUGGCAGCAGCGUCAUCGGUAUCACCAAGGGCAGCGGUGGUCUGAGCGGUGGAGCAAUAGCCGGUAUCGUCAUCGGGUCUAUCGCUGGUGCUCUGAUACUCAUCUUUAUCUGCAUCUGCUGUUGUGUGGGAAGCUGUAUUGACCGGGUACGAGGCAUCUUUGGCAUCGGCGGCCGUAAACCAGCCAGACACUCUAACUACACUGGCUCGUCCUCCUACUCCUCUCACCACGGUUGGUUCGGCGGCGGCGGGUCAAGGGUCAGCUCAGAGAAGCAUAGGAAGAAGAAGGCCGGCUUCCUGGGUCUGGCCAGCCUGGGCGUCGUCAUCGGCGCCAUCGCCCUCUGUCUCGGGCUCGGCCGCAAAAAGGACGACAAGUCAACCACGUACUACACCGGCUCGUCAUACACAUACACCUCGAGCAGCAGCAGCAGCAGUUCUUCCGGCAGGCGGACAGAGCGGUCUUGA